AUGACAUGCAUACCAAUUCUCAUCACACUGGUGCUGGCCAGCGCCUCCCUCCAUGCGAAAGCACAGGUCAUCCAACCAACCUUCAACACCACCACCUGGACAAAGCCCUACCAGUACGUGCUCCAGUAUCUAUCCAACUCGACCUCCCCGUUCAUCACCUUGACCGACCCCCAAUGGCCGACCUACGCGACGACCUUCAACGAGCGCCUGCAAUACAUCCCCGCCGCGAUUACCAUCCCCAACACCACCGAGCAGAUCACGGCCGCGGUCAGCUGCGCAAGUAAAUAUGGCAUUCCUGUCCAAGCCAAGUCGGGAGGGCAUUCCUACGCAUCAUAUAGCACCGGCGGCCACAACGGGAUCUUGAUGAUCGAUCUCGAGAACUUUAACUCCGUCUCGCUAGAUAACAGAACUGGGAUAGCUGCUGUUGGGGGAGGUGUGAGUUUGGGGAACCUGGCGCAGGGUAUAUGGGAACAAGGACGUCGAGCCUUGGGGCACGGCACUUGUCCUGGUGUAGGAAUUGGUGGACACUUCACACAUGGCGGGUACGGGUAUUCAUCGCGCGCGUUUGGUCUGGCGUUGGAGCAGAUUAUCGGGCUGGAUGUAGUGUUGGCGAAUGGGAGUUUUGUCAAGAUUGAUAAUGAGACGUUGGGUUAUGUUUACUAUGCACUCCGAGGAGCAGCAGACUCGUUUGGGAUUGCCACCACAUUCUACCUUCAAACUUCAACGGCUCCCGAAGUCGUUAUCAAAUUUUCGUAUUCCUUCCCCCCAGCUCUUGAAUCAAUCGAAAACGCGACGGCUGUCUUUAUGGGGGUGCAGAACUUCUCGUUGUACUCGGCGGUUGUCGUCUCCUUCAACAAGACGAUUGCACCCGCCUUGUUGGAGGCGCUCCCUGUUCCGCCUGCUCUUAACGAGGGUUCCGUUGAACCAACCGACUGGAUCACAUCUCUGGCCAUGCUUGCCGGGGAAGGGAGCUUGACGGUGCCCUUGCAUGGGUUUUUGCAGCAGGACAACUUCUAUGCCAAGUCUGUUUCGACAAAUGUCUCGUUUGCGGAGGAGCCGAUACGAAAGUUUUUCGAGUACGCGUACAGUGCCGGAGAGGGCCUAGAUGCGCCAAUCUCGUGGUUUAGCAUCAUCAAUCUGUAUGGUGGUCCCGACAGUUAG